CCCGUCUAAGAGUCCACCUGUGCUCCUUUACAAAAAGCGUCCUUGCUUUCAUUGUUAAGGUUUGCGCGCCAAGUGAGUGAGUGCCAAAAUCGGCGCACGCGGCGAUGCGCGGGAAAACACCGAGCGUCAGUCGUAGUUGGGAAGAGCGCGCGCGCACACGCCGCCACGCCGCGCUUAUAGGUUAGAAUUGGCGCGUCCCGCGGCCGCCAGGUGCGAUCCGUGCCCGCUCUAACCCGCUGCCCGGCCUAUCCUCCCUCUCGCACGCUACCUGCGGACAGCUGUUUUCUCUCGAGAGAUUAGUCAGAUGUUUCUCGCGAACCACUAACCAGUCAGUGUUCACCUGACGCGCGAUACGGUUAUGGCGGCCGGAGGACGUACACCCAAGCAGAGGAGGUUCGAUUUAUCAGCAGGCAUGGCGUUGAGAACCAACACUCCCAGGAGAAGGCGAGGAAGCUGCAAAUGCUUGUUCGGAGCGCCCGACAGGGACGAAACCCGGCGGCUCAUGGCGGAGCAGUACGCCAGGGAGAGGAAGCGGUUCAUCAUCCGGUUCAACUUCGACAUAGAGACGGACUGUACUUACAAGUCAGCGAAGUUCGACUCCCCAGUGAAGUUCUGUGAAGAGGAGAACUCGGAGAGUCCCGUGCGGAUGGCGACGGAGGCGCUGGCGUGCGUGAGCAACACGGAGCUGCGGGUGCUGGGCUCGCCGGCGCGCAGGAGCGGCAGCAGCGCCGCCAGCUCGCCGCGCACGCCGCGCACCCCGCGCACGCCGCGAGCCGCGCGCACGCCGCGCACGCCGCGCACCCCCGCCUCCCGGAGGCAGCUGCAAAUGACAGGUCAGUACUGAACACUAUUGUUUCUAAGCUAUGUAAUAAACAUACAUUGACCAGGGGCUACAAUUGAGGCAAUUUUUCACCGCGUUAUUUAUAAUCUUGUGUCAAUCUUGGCAAUCUCAUUACGUAUUCAGGCACCGUGUUGCAUUAUGCACUAGCCGAGGGAUUGAUCACUGCAUUUUUAUUUUAUGGGGCCAUGUUUGUACUGGGAAUCAUAAUUGUGAAAUAUGGGCCAGCUCGGUGUUAUCAGCCACUAAGUGUUCAAAUAACUUGGGUCAAUAUUGAUUAAUGUUUGGCUGGCUUCUGUGUUGGUUAUUAAUAAAUUCCUUACUUCAGUACUUUUACAUUUUAAUGUUUAGUUGGCUGUGAGCCAGAAUAAAUUUCACCGUUGUGUUCUGCAUUCGUAAAUAUUUUGCUGAGAAUUUUCUUUACAACUCUAGACAUUUCCAUUUAUUUUACCACAUUCACGAUAUGUAUUUGUUUACACUUAUUUCAAAACUAAUUAAGUUAAGAACGGUUUGUAUAAGACAAAGCAAUAAAACGAAAGCCAUCUGUCAUCUAGAGAAUUCAAUGUUACCUUAUGUGCAAAUACUUAAAAAAAAAUAUCCAUUAUUUAAUAACGUGCCAUU